AUGAGUUCCGCAGACUCGAAAAUUGCUUCAACGGGCGACCGAGCGCCUGGAAGCAGCGAUCUAGGCGGUCCUGGGGGUGACGGGCGAGGGGAAUCGCAUGGGGGGCCCCCUGGUUAUUUGUUCUCAACAGUUGCAUCAAUGUUUCUGAAGGGCAGCGAGGAAGAAGAGGAGGAAGAGGAGGAGGAGGAGGAGGAAGAAGAAGAAGAAGAGGAAGGGUGGAUAUCCUGGUUUUGCUCCCUUGAAGGCCACGACUGCUUCGCUGAGGUUGAUGAGGAGUACAUAAGAGACACAUUCAAUCUUUUCGGGCUUAAGUCGGCAGUCAAUAAUUUUGAGGGCGCUAUGGAUAUGAUACUGGGGGAUGCGCCAGACGAAGAGGAAGUAGCAGACCAGAGCUUCAUGGACAUAUACCGAGACGCUGUUGAUCUUUACGGUCUGAUUCAUGCGCGUUACAUCAUCUCGCCAAGAGGCUUGCCACAGAUGCGCGAUAGAUGCAUCGACGAGAUCUUUGGGCACUGCCCUCGCGUUCUUUGUGACCGUCAGGUCCUCCUGCCCGUUGGCAUAUCACCAGACCUUCGCCUGCACAAAUUGCAGCUCUUCUGUCCUCUUUGUCAAGAGGUGUAUGACAUGGUGAACGCGCACGAACGGACUAAAGAUAUUGACGGCGCGUAUUUCGGACCUUCGUUCCCGCACAUAUUCCUGCAGACUUACUCGAGUUGGGUGCCGUCAGUCGCGCCCAUUCCUUACCAGCCGCGCCUUUUCGGCUUUCGCAUUCACAACCGCCACUCGAUUAUAAAGAUAAAGCUUGAAAAUGGCGAGUAUGGCAGCUGCUACAUGUCUAAUAAGAAGCGGUCCUCAGUUGCCGCCCUGAAAAGCGGAGAGGAAGCUGAAGAGAAGGAGGGAGCUUAA